AUGUCGGCGACGCAUCGAAACUCGUCGCAGGGUGUCAGCGACGAACGGAGUCCUCUAUUACCAUCCAGGAAUGACGAUACAACCAAUGUCCAUGUGCAAUUCAUAGAACCUGACGAAGUAGUGACUACAAGUUCGAAAGAAGACGAGUUUGGGUGGAAAUGGUACACGUUCUACGCGGCACUCAUUGUUGGAGGACUCGUUGUCUUGGGGUUGCUCAUCAAGGGAUUCAUUGAUUCGGGAGACAAAGACUUUGACCUCGCGGGUGCGCUGAAGAGUGCCCUUGGAGGUGGUCUUAGUGGCGCCGCAGCCAUGGUUCUCCAGGUUUUGACGUUGAUGCCUCUACGCACUGUAAUGAACUAUCAAUAUCGAUACGGGACGACUACCACGCAAGCUAUCCACACGCUCUACGCCGAUGGAGGUUGGUCUCGGUAUUAUCAGGGACUCACAGCCGCCCUCGUUCAAGGCCCAGUGUCUCGCUUCGGAGACACCGCUGCCAACGCUGGUAUUCUUGCGCUCCUCAACUCAAACCCAUACAUGAAAACUCUGCCAGAGCUCUUCAAAUCUGUUUUCGCAUCCUUGGCUGCAGCCGCAUUUAGAAUGAUUUUAACACCUAUUGAUACUAUCAAGACCACAUUGCAGACACAGGGAAAACCUGGCAUUACUAUUCUUAAAGUCCGCGUUAAAAGAUACGGCAUUGGAAGUUUGUGGUACGGCGCCUUCGCCACUGCCGCUGCCACAUUUGUGGGGCAUUAUCCCUGGUUCGGCACAUACAACUACCUCUCGGCCAACCUUCCAAUUGCACACACCGUUUUCCAGAAACUGCUCCGCCGAGCCUUUAUCGGAUUUGUGGCCUCCGUCGCCUCCGACACUGUAUCCAACUCCCUCCGAGUCGUUAAGACAUACCGCCAAGUAAACGAGACCCGAAUCGGCUAUACAGCCGCUGCCCGGGCAGUGGUUGCGACAGACGGUCUGAAGGGAUUGUUCGGACGAGGCUUGAAGACGCGCAUUUUGGCAAACGGUUUGCAGGGCUUGAUGUUCUCUGUUCUAUGGCAGUUCUUUAUGGAUCUAUGGAAAGAGAAGACUGCAUAG